CACACACACCAAAAAAAAGAAAAAAAUAAAAAUAAAAAAAGAUAUCUUAAAAUUAAGUGGAAAACCGCCGCCUCCACCAAAAACAUAGAGAGGCAAGCAGUGUCCAGCGGAGGCGGAGACUGGGAAGAAGGCCGAAGAUGGGAAAGAGGUCAGGGAGUUCAAACCUGAUCAAAUUACGCCGUCGUUUAGAGCACUUCAAGCAUCGCGAAUCCUCCACCGUCGAUGAAAUUGUCCACCAUCUUCGCGAUAAUUACCCAGACUACCAUCGCACCAAGCUCAACGAUCUCAACAGGUUAGUCCAGCAAACCCUAGACUCCUUUCCCUCUCGCCGAAUCAACCUCCUCGCCGCCAAGCGAGCGAAAACGCCGCCGCCGCCGCCGCCGUUUAUAUUCGACGCCGAUGAUGAUGAAGAAGUCGGAGAUGGUGGCCGGAGUGGAUCCAGGAAGAAACCUAAGAGAAUACACCGCAUCCAUCAGGACCGUCCAUCAUCAUCACCGUCUGAUUCAUCUUCAUCAUCGGAGGAAUCCAGUGAUGAUGGAGAUGGUGCGGUAUCCACGUCGGAGGACGCAGUGUACGGCGAGAAAGUGGAGCCGGAGUUCGACCUCACGAAAUCGAUGCUUCGAGCAAGGUAUACAGAAUCCAACAGCGUUACCACGCACAGAGCUGCUUCCGAGGUGAAGGAGGAGAAGAAUGUAGAACUGGAGCUUCCAGGUCGUGAUAAGAUUGACAUGGUGAAUGGAGAGUUAGAUGGAGGGCCAAGUAGCAGAUUGCCGAAUGAGUCGUCGAAGAGGGAAGCAAAAGGUGGUUCUGUGGUUUCGAAAAGUGAGGCUGUUUCUGUGGUGAAAGGGAAUGAGGGGCCGAAGUUCAAGGAUUUGGGUGGGAUAGAUAAGGUUCUGGAGGAGCUGAAAAUGGAGGUUCUUGUGCCACUUUGCCAUCCGCAGUUGCCGCGGUCGCUGGGAGUGAAACCCAUGGCGGGGAUUUUGUUACAUGGUCCUCCUGGCUGUGGCAAGACCAAAUUGGCUCAUGCCAUUGCCAAUGAGACUGGACUACCUUUUUAUAAGAUUUCUGCUACUGAGGUUGUCUCUGGUGUAUCAGGCGCAUCUGAAGAAAAUAUAAGGGAGCUUUUCCAAAAAGCAUAUAGGACUGCUCCCUCUGUAGUAUUUAUUGAUGAGAUUGAUGCAAUUGCUUCAAAAAGAGAAAAUUUACAACGAGAAAUGGAGCGGAGAAUUGUGACACAAUUGAUGACUUGCAUGGACGAAUCGCAGAGACUUGUACAACCAACCACUGCAACUUCAGACUCAGAAAGUUCUGAUUAUACACCUGGUUAUGUACUUGUGAUUGGAGCCACCAAUAGGCCUGAUGCUGUUGACCCUGCAUUGAGGAGGCCUGGGCGAUUUGAUAGGGAGAUUGGAUUAGGUGUGCCAGACGAAAAUGCAAGGGCUGAGAUUCUUGUUCUGCUUACUAGCAACCUAAGACUUGAAGGUUCAUUCGACCUUUCAAAAAUAGCCAGGUCAACAGCAGGCUUUGUUGGAGCUGAUUUGGCUGCCGUGGCUAACAAGGCUGGUAAUCUUGCCAUGAAGAGGAUCAUUGAUGAGAGAAAGUCUCUUUUAUCUGGUGAUUCUAUAGAUGAGGAGCCUAGCGAAGAGUGGUGGAGGAGACCAUGGUUGCCUGAAGAAGUAGAAAAGCUUUCCAUUACUAUGGCUGAUUUUGAGCAAGCUGUAAAAAUGGUUCAACCCUCAUCUAGAAGAGAAGGAUUCUCUACCAUCCCUAAUGUAAAGUGGGAAGAUGUUGGCGGUUUAGAUAUUUUGAGGAAAGAAUUUGAUCGUUAUAUAGUUAGGCGUGUUAAAUAUCCAGAGCUGCAUGAGGAAUUUGGUCUAGAUAUGGAGACGGGAUUUUUGCUCUAUGGGCCUCCAGGAUGCGGAAAGACAUUGAUAGCCAAGGCAAUUGCUAAUGAAGCAGGAGUUAAUUUUAUUCACAUAAAGGGUCCUGAACUACUAAAUAAAUACGUUGGAGAAAGCGAGCAGGCUGUUCGAACACUAUUUAGUCGUGCAAGAACAUGUUCACCAUGUAUACUUUUUUUCGACGAGGUGGAUGCCUUGACAACACAAAGGGGGAAAGAAGGAGGAUGGGUUGUUGAGAGAUUAUUGAAUCAGUUACUUACGGAAUUAGAUGGUGCAGAUCAGCGGCAGGGAGUAUUUGUAAUUGGAGCUACAAAUAGACCUGAGGUGAUGGAUCGUGCUGUUUUACGGCCUGGUAGAUUUGGUAAACUUUUAUACGUCCCUCUUCCAGGGCCAGUUGAACGUGGUCUGAUCUUAAAAGCUCUUGCACGGAAGAAGCCAAUAGAUGCUAGUGUUGAUUUGAGUGCGAUUGGACGGAUGAAAGCUUGUGAAAAUUUAAGUGGGGCAGACCUUGCUGCACUGAUGCAUGAAGCUGCAAUGGCGGCACUUGACGACAAACUAGCAUCAAAUGAGAGCCGUUUGAUUACAUCACCAUGGACGAUUAAAUCAACUCAUUUUGAGCUUGCUCUGACUAAAAUCUCUCCAUCUGUGUCAGAAAGGCAGCAAAAACUAUACUACCAGAAAUUGUCAGAGAGCUUCAAAGCAGCAUGAUAACAAAUGUAAGCCAUCAUCUGACUUUCCCAUUGAAGAGGUUGUUGCAACAUCCACACUUAUUCCACACUAGUUUUACGAACAAUGCCGCCUUUAAGAUACCCCUGGUGGCAAAAAAUUUUGCAGCGAGUCUCGGAUUGGAAUUUUUUUUUUAUUUUUUAUUUUUAUAAAUAUAUAUUCUUUAACUUUUUGGUUGGAGUUAGUUUUGUGGUUUAUGUUAAUAAUACAUACAUGUAUUGAAUCUUUUUAGCAAAUGUUGAUUUUGAAUUUGCCCAUUAAAGUUAUCAAUGUAAAAUCCUUUCAUACUUGUUCAUGCUA